GGGGGCUGAAGCGUGGCAUCCCGACUCUUCGCGGCAGAUCUACCCAUUCAGACGGCUCCCGCCCACCGCUUUCCAUUUCUGUUCGUAACAUAUUCUCGACUGGGCCUCGCAUCCCACGCCAUAUACUGUUUCUGUCCACGACAGAAGACGACACCCGUCGACGGAGCGUUGCGAUGGCGCCACCCGCUGCGAUCGAGUCGCUCAGCGUGGAGGUCUAUCCAGAAACAGACACAAGCGCCUUCACCAUACCCGACCGCUUGACUGUAGAGAAAGUAGCAAAGCGGCGCGCCGCAUCCGGCAUUCUUGUAGCCGGAGUCGCUGCUCCCGCAGACUUGGACUCGUUCAAGGGCAGGACAAGCCAUUUGCAUAAAGGUGUCGCCAGGAAGUGGGAUCAUCGCCUGACUCGCGAGACGACGACUCGAGGCGGCAGUUCAUUGAAAGAGGCAGCCCACUACCUCAAGACCCCAGGCCUGAUAUCGCUUGGUGGAGGCCUUCCUUCUCCUGAGUAUUUUCCCUUCCACGAAAUCGAUGUCAAAGUCCCCAGACCCGGCUACCUCGGCCAAGAACAAAAUGGCCACGAAGAGGGCGAAAUCAUCUCAAUGGGGAUGCACGACAUGCGCGAAGGAAAAUCUGCUUUCGACUUGGCAACAGCAUUGAACUAUGGCCAAGGACACGGCGCUCCCCAGCUUCUACGAUGGCUCGUGGAGCACACGGAGAUUGUACAUAACCCUCCCUACAAGGACUGGAGUUGCACCAUGACUGUUGGCUCUACAGCAGCCUGGGACAUGACACUGCGAAUGUUCUGCAGACCGGGAGACUUUAUCAUUACUGAGCAAUACUCCUUCCCAGCUGCCAUUGAAACCGCGAUACCAAUGGGUGUUCGAUGUGCAGCUGUCUCCAUGGAUGCUGGUGGUAUGCUACCAUCAUCACUAGACGAUCUCUUAUCGAAUUGGGACUCGGUACGGCGUGGAGGACCCAAGCCGUUCCUCGUAUAUACCGUGCCCACGGGGCAGAAUCCCACGGGCUCGACACAAUCCAUUGAACGAAGACGACAGAUAUAUGCCGUCUGCCAGAAGCAUGACCUUUACAUCUUCGAAGAUGAGCCUUAUUAUUUCCUGCAGAUGCAGCCUUAUACCGGAGAGGACUCGUCCCCCGUACCUCCACCUCAGUCACACGCCGAAUUCGUGGAAUCUCUCGUUCCAUCAUUCCUGUCCAUUGACGUCGAUGGACGCGUAAUGCGUGCCGACUCUUUCAGCAAAGUCAUCUCACCCGGCUCACGAGUCGGUUGGAUCACCGCUUCGGAACAAAUUUGCGACCGGUUUCGAACACACGCCGAUGUCUGCACACAAGGACCUUCUGGCUUCAGCCAGCUUAUCUUGUUCAAGCUUCUGGACGAAACGUGGGGCCAUCCCGGCUAUCUGGACUGGCUCAUGCACAUCCGUCUCGAAUAUACAAAGCGUCGUAACGUGAUGAUGGCUGCGUGUGCGAAAUAUUUGCCGAAAGACAUUGUGUCAUGGACACCUCCUUCAGCGGGCAUGUUCCACUGGCUGCAAGUGGAUUAUACCAAGCAUCCUGCUUAUUUGAAUGGCACCAAAACACUGCACAAAAUCGAAGAAGAUAUCUUCUUGGCAUGCGUCCGGCAUGGCACAUUGUUGAUGAAGGGCAGCUGGUUCUGUGCAGACAAGAUUGAGAAGCGACACACGCUUUUCUUCCGUGCGACAUACGCUGCUGCUCAGUUUGAUCAGAUCGAUGAAGCGAUCAAGAGAUUUGGAAACGCAGGACAUGAUACGAAUGGACACCUUCACGGGCACUCCAAUGGCGAACUCAAUGGCCACGUUAAUGGCAUGACGAAUGGGGACUCGAACGGGACGAAUGACUACGCCAACGGGAGGCAUUGA